AUGGUACGAAUAUCGAGUGCUGCAUCAUACUUCAUGCCGCUACUGUGCUCCAAGAAGCCUUCGGUGGUCGUAUCUGCAGUUUUUGUGGUAACCUUAAUAUAUUCGUUAGCAUAUCUAUCAUCCACAAUUCUUCCGAAUGCGUACGAUGACCCUAAUAUGUUUGCUCCUAAUAGUCAGGACUAUUUUAGGACAUUUUUAUUAGGGUUUUUCUCUCCUUGUCUACUUUAUUUGACAAGAUCAUUUUUACUAUCGGUUAAUCCAAAUCAACGUUUUAUAAACUUGAUACUUGACUUUCCUAUAAAUGACAGCUUUCUCUUACUGAUUAUAAUAGGUCUGGCAUACCCUCAGAUCCAAGAUGGCCACGGAAUACAUACUAAAAACGAUGGAGAUGAUGCAUCUGCGGUGCAGUGGCAUAUUAUUCCAAAACAAUCUUAUAUUUUUGGAAUAUCAUGGUCCUUAAGUGAAUUUAUUAUAUGUGCUAUUAGCAAUCUUUUUGAGUUUCAAGAAGUAUCGAUUGCGGGACAAUUGAAUUCAAAAGAAGAUUCAGAAAUAGAUGUACUUAAUAGAAAGAAUUCCUUGAAUAGGGAAAACAUCACUCUAUCAAAAUGUAUUGGUGUCAGAAGAAAGUCAUCUACCAUUUCAAACAACGUUUAUACUAAUGAUGCCGAUCCUGAGGUAUCCACUUCAAAAUAUGGUACUCUCACUUACAUGGAUUAUACGAGUUGGGAUAAAUUCAGAAAAUCAAACUUCAAUAGCGACGAGUAUGGUCGUGAAGCGAACAAAAACAUCACCACAGACAAAACAGGACGUGAUCCUUUGAUAAUUAUAAAUCCGAAGGACAACUCCUUGAGAAUCACCUCCUUGAAUAGAGAAGGUAACCAUCUGGAGUUCGAAGAAAGUGAACCAAUAUUUAAAGACAAGAGGGGAUUUACUUGGGUCCGGUGGAAAGAAGAUAAUUACUUGGAAAAUCAAGGUAAUAUGCUAGAUAGUGAUACAACCUCGAUUAGGCAUGCUAACGUAAUAGAAAGACUUACAUCGAACGGAGGGCAAAAAUCCUAUUUUACAUUGAAGGGAUAUGGCCAUUUAGGUAAGAAUUUCUUUAUCAUGUCGGUAGUUAUUUUUAGCAACAUUUGGAUGACCAUUGGCCAGUCAUUGCUAAUGUCAAUAUAUUUCAUUUAUGUCAGAGGGCAUGAGAAAUUAUUCUCUGACACAGUAAUAUUUUUUGGCAGUAAAGAUAUUACAUAUUUCCUGCUAGUCGUAUUCAUACCAUUUGUUUCAAUGAAUUUUUUAAUCAAUACCUAUAUCUACCUUCAGGACACACUUGUUGAAUGGUUUAUCGACCCGUACUUUAAUAUGAAUGGAGGUAUUGGUGCUUCCUUAAAUAACCAAUAUCCCUAUUAUCCAAUUGUUGAAAACUCAUUACUUUUUCCCAACAAAAAAAGAGUGAGUACAGCAAACUCAAAGCCAACGAGACAAGACUUAACUUCCUCAUACGAUUCGGCAUUGUUAAUGGAAAGUGCAAUGCUCUACGGUAGCCAUAAUAACGCCGAUGACUACGAUGCAAAUGAUCCCAAACCUUUAAAGCUUGCCAAAAGAAUGAUAAUAAAAUGGAAAGAGAUAUCAGCGUCUGACCAAUUUGUCUUGUCUGCAAUGUUUAUAUGGGGACUAUCUGUAUUUGUGUGUGGCCUUUUUGCUACGAUCCCAUCGUUUAAUAUCCCUUCAAGAUAA